AUGGCGCACCCGCAGCACCAAACGCACAUGCAGCCUCUCUCGCCCCCCGUCGGCCACGGCAGCAACAGCAGCAGUGCCGGCUCGUACAGCGCACAGGGCUCUUCGGCCGAGGGCAGCCCUCACUCGCAGGCUCGCAGCGGCGGCGGCUUCUCGCUCUCCGACAGCGGCUACGACACGACCGAGCACGCCAAGCUCGACGAGUGGGCGCCCCCUGCCCCUGCGCCCGAGCGCCUCCCGCCGUCCCAGGUCCCUCACCUGCCCAAUCUCCCGCCGCCCCUGUCCAAGGACGACACGGGCAAGGGCACGACGUCCAAGCCGUACCAGGCGCCGCUCAGCACGCUCCAGGCGUCCAUCUCGUACAGCCUGUCGCGCCUCCUGUCGCUCCCUCGGUUCGCCGCCUACGUCGCCACGCCGCUCGGCUACGCCCAGUUCAGCAGCUACCUCGCGUCCCUCUCGCCCGACAACGACGCCCUCGCCGACCUCGAGCUGUGGAAGGACACGCUCGUCCUGUCUCGCCUCACCAAGCAGGCCGGGUUCGGCGCCAAGGGCAUAUACCAGGCCUACCUCGUCGAGUCGGCCAAGCCCAAGGUCGAGAUCCCCGACGACGUUAAGCGCGAGCUGUUCGGCGCCCUGCGCAAGGUGAGGGCCGGCGCGCCCGGCCUCGACUCGACGAGCAAGCACCUCCUCACCAAGCUCUUUGCGGCCGAGUUUGAGCGGUUCGUCAAGGCGCGCCUCCUCGCCCACACCAAGACGCAGCUGCGCAAGUACUCGCUCGGCGUCGAGGACCGCGGCGGCAUCGGCUCGGCGUUCCUCCUCACCAACCCGCGCCUGCGCGACGACCCGAUCGUGCUCGUCAGCCCGGGCUUCUGCGAGCUCACGGGCUACUCGGCCCAGCAGAUCAUUGGCCGCAACUGCCGCUUCCUCCAGGGCAAGGCGACGGCGCCCGAGGCGGUCGGCAACAUCCGCAAGCGUCUCGAGGGCGGCGACGAGGUCAUGCAGAUCGUCCUCAACUACCGCGCCGACGGCACCCCGUUCCUCAACCUCCUGCACGUCCUCCCUCUGCGCGACCUCGACGGCAACCUCGCCUACUUCCUCGGCGGCCAGACCGACAUGACGCGCGCCCUCACGACCGGCACCGACCUGUCGCUCAUCCUGCCCGAGGACGUCGGCCUCGACGCCGACAUGGGCGCCUUUUCGCCCGCCGUCCAGCUCGAGGCGCGCGAGGCGGCCGCCCAGCAGGCGCCGCAGCCGGGCACGUUCGCCGCCAUCGACAUCCCCGACUGGCCGGUCCCUCCCGCCGGCCCCGGCCACGAGCACCACCACAAGGACAAGGGCGGCAAGAAGAAGCCCAAGAGCGACUGGGAGAGUCGCGGCCAGCCCGAGGGCGCCGCCGAGUCGUCGCAGCCGCAGGAGCACCCGGACGACGAGGCGGCCCAGGCGUCGACGGGCGGCAUGCACGGCCUCGCUCGGCUCCUCGGGUGCGGCAGCGGCGGGCGCUCGUCGUCGCACAAGGCGGGCAAGGGGCGCAAGGGCGGCGGCGAGGGUGGGCGCGAGCAGGUCGAGGAGCCGAGCGAGGGCGGGAGGGAACGCCAGCAGGGCAAGGAGCCGCUCGUCGCGCCGACGCAGAAGGACCAGUCGACGACGAUGCCCCUCGAGAAGCGCCUUCUCGACGUCCAGGUCACCUACGAGCGCCUCGCCGUCAUCCUGUACACGACGUCGGGCUUCCUGCGCUCGCUCGGCCUCCCGGGCACGACCCGCCUCGAGGUGUCGCGCUCGCCGCUCGUCUUUGCCGACCUGCUCGACAUGCUCGUCGCGCCGUCCCAGUCGCCGACGUCGACGGCGACCAAGGACCUGAGGGCGAGGGUCGCCCAGGCGUUCAGGGACGCGAUUGGCCUGCAGGUCGAGUGCGGGCUCCAGUUCCGCAAGGAGGCCAAGCAGGGGGAGAAGGGCUGGGUGUCGCCGCUCGCCGUCGGCAGGCUGCACCUCGCGCCCCUGCUCGACCUCAUCGGCGAGUGCACGGCCUUUACCGCGGUGUUCGGCUGA